UUGUUUUGCUUAGUAGUGAAAUGAUUUCCUUUGUGAUUCUAAUCGGUUUAUUAAUCUUUCUAGUAAAACGAUUCUUAAACAGUGACAGUUUUCAUUUAAGAACCAUUCCAACUCCCUCAAGUUAUCCAGUGAUAGGAAACUUGGCUCUUUUUGCAGGGUUAAGCAAGUGUGACACGUUCCAAUUGAUAUGUGACCAUUUUCGUCAGUUCCCGCGAUGCUUCCGGUAUGACAUUGCAAUCCGGCAGUUGAUUUGUGUCGGGGAUCCAGAUCUUAUCCAACAAGUGCUCAACAGCAACGUGUGUCAGGAGAAACCUUUCAUGUAUAAAUUUCUGGAAGUCGAUUACGGAUUACUGUCGGCAUCGUACAUUGAUUGGAAAGAAUACCGAAAAAUGUUGAAUCCAGCUUUCAACCAAAAAAUUCUAUCAGGAUUUGUGUCGAUCUUUGAUCAGUGUGCUAGAGCUUUAGUUGAGGCUCUAGGAAACUCCAGAAGCCGAAGUGAGAUCGAUUUGCUUCCGUUCACAUCCCACUGCACUUUACAAAUGAUAUGCCAAAGUUCCUUGGGAAGCGAUAUUGCAUCGGAUCCCAAAACUAUUGAGUUUUGUAACAUUCUAGAAGAAUUGUUGGGAAUUCUAUCCGCAAGAGUAUUCAAACUGGCAUUCUACAACGAGUGGAUUUAUCGUCGAUCUGAAUCUUACAGAAGACAGCAAGCAAUUCGAGCGAAAAUGAGAAGUUUGAUUGAACCGGUAAUCAAACAAAAAAGGGAAUCAAUGAAAACGAACAUGUUUCUAACAAAUCUUGAAGAUAAAGAAUUCGAUCGGAAGCCCAGAAUUUUCGUCGAUCAACUGCUGCAGAUGGAACGCAAUGAACAGAAAAUUUCACUGGAUGAAAUUCAAAAUCACAUCUACACAAUUAUAGGAGCGGGUAACGAAACGUCAGCUCUUCAGUCAUCUUUCGUGUUGCUGAUGCUUGCCAUGAAUCCCGACAUUCAAGAGAAGGUUUUCCUAGAGUUGAACGCCAUUUACACAAGAAGUGACGAACCCUUAAACUACAACUCACUCAAAAGUCAGUCCUAUCUCGAAGCAGUCAUUAAAGAAACCCUCCGUCUGUUUCCGGUUGCCCCAAUGGUUGGACGGCAAACUUUGGAACCAAUUCAACUUGGGCAGGGUCUUCCGCUAAUCCCGGCCGGAGUCACCAUCCUUAUUAAUCUUUUCGUUCUUCAUAGACGGCCAGAUCUGUGGGGUCCAACAGCAAAUCAAUUCAAUCCGAAUCGAUUUUUGGCAAAAGAGAUUUCCAAUCAACAUCCGUUUGCCUUUAUUCCAUUCGCUGGAGGACCGAGGAAUUGUAUCGGCUAUCGGUACGCGAUGCUUUCGAUGAAGGCGAUUGUAAGCCAUGUGGUUCGAAAUUUCAAACUUUCCACCCGACUUCGAAUGGAGCAGCUUCGGUUGUACCACGAGGUUACUUUGAGGCUGGAAGGUGGCUUUCUGGUGACCGUUGUGAAGCGUACUCAAAGCAGCGAAUCUUAAACGCCUGAAUGUACACAAUUAAUUAGUGUAUAACAGUUGGUCAACUGUGAAGUUUGAUUAUGAAAAGGUUUCUCACGACCACAGUAGAUAUCAAUAUUGUUUCGUGAAAUAAAUUUUUAAAUGGAAUACAAAAAAUGUUUCACUUUUCCAAAAGUUAAGAAAACUUGUUAACAAUAUCUAUUGAUUGCCUAAAAAAAAUGUUAAAUACACAAGUAAAAAUGAGCACCAUGUAAUCACAAAGUCAGCUUUUAAGACGUCAUCGUUGUGUCCUAACGUAUGUUUAAGUCUGGUUUGGAAAUAAUAUUUGCUUCAAACGAUAAAUGAAAAC